AUGGCGUCUGCAAGCAGCUCGUCAAGACCCGCGGCGCCCGUAAAGCCACCUGUGGUGGUCCCAGGUUCAGGGAACAACAUUAUAAUCAAUCCGUGCCAGAGAGGAAAUCCAAUCUUAGAAAGCGUCAGAAAUGUCGGAAAAGAGUUUGGCGAGAUUUUGGCGGACUACCAGGUAGGAAAAACUACUGGUGUCCUGUUCCUAAGUCUGCGGUACCAUAGGCUUCACCCAGAGUAUAUCCACCAACGAAUAGAAAAGUUGGGGCACUCAUACAACCUGCGGGUGCUGCUAUUGAUGUGCGACGUGAGCGAGCAUCAAGACCCAAUUCGUGAAUUGACCAAGAUAUGUCUGAUCAACGAAAUGACCAUCAUGGUCGCAUGGAAUCCAGAGGAAGCCGGUUACUAUCUAGCAACAUACAAGCAGUUCGAGCACAGACCGCCUGAUCUCAUCAAGGAACGCGUCGACAAGGACUACCGGUCCGUCCUACGCACCGCGCUCACAAACAUCAGCAAAGUGAACAAGACCGACGUCGAGACCCUGCGGACGUCUUUUGGGAGCUUUGCAGCGAUAUCGCGCGCGUCGUCCGAGCAGCUGCAGAACCUCCCUGGGUUCGGCCAAGUCAAAGCGAAGCGCAUCCAAGACGCGUUCAACAAGCCCUUCCGCAACAAUAGCACCAGCGCGCUUCCCAUCAGCACGCAGCUCCAGCUUCUCGCCAGCCAGCAACCCGCCGCGUCCUCCAGCCAAACCACAAGCAAGGGGAAGGAACGCGCCACGGACGGCACGGAAAGCAGCAAUGGCAGAAGCGCAAUGCCUCCACCCGCAUCGGUCCCGGAGGCACCCCGCCCGCCGCCAGCUCCGCACCCGCGCCCUCCGCGCGAGCCGAGCCCCGCUUGGGACAUCGAACUCGACCUGAACGACUCCCGAGAGCCCACACCCGAGUCUGGGCCGCCGCCGCUCGGGGGGACGGCUUCGCGCAAGCGUCCACCAAGCCCGAUGUGGGAUAUCGAACUAGACUUGAACGCAAGUGAGGUGGAGGACGAAGAAGUCGCUGCUGGGGAGGAGGACCCCAGGUUGAGGAAGCGGCCACGAGAGGGAUCUGGGGAGUUCGGCGCGCCCACAAUGUUGACUGGAUCGUAAG